GAGACCUUGGCGAGGCGGCAGAGACGCUUAGCGGAGGUGAAAGCUUUGGCGGAAAGGGAAGUCCAGCUGCAGGAUGCAGAGCUGGAGUCGUGUGUACUGUUGCUUGGCUAAGAGAGGCCAUUUCAACCGAACAUCUCAUGGUCUGCAAGGAGUUUCUGCAGUGCCACUGAGAACUUAUGCAGAUCAACCAAUUGAUGCUGAUGUAAUAGUGAUAGGUACUAGUCCUGGAGGAUAUGUUGCUGCUAUUAAAGCUGCCCAGUUAGGCUUCAAGGCAGUCUGCGUUGAGAAAAAUGAAACCCUCGAUGGAACAUGCUUGAAAGUUAGUUGUAUUCUUUCUAAGGCUUUAUUGAAUAAUUCUCAUUAUUACCAUAUGGCCCAUGGAAAACAUUUUGCAUCUAGAGGAAUUGAAAUGUCUGAAGUUCGCUUGAAUUUAGAGAAGAUGAUGGAGCAGAAGAGUAAUGCAGUAAAAGCUUUCACAGGUGGAAUUGCCCACUUGUUCAAACAGAAUAAGGUUGCUCAUGUAAAUGGAUAUGGAAAGAUAACUGGGAAAAAUCAGGUCACCACCACGAAAGCCCAUGGCAGCACUCAAGUUAUUGAUACAAAGAACAUUCUUAUAGCCACAGCUCUGCCAGAGAUCUCCAUCUCUCUGUUUACAUUGAAUACCAAAGUUACUGGUGCUACUAAGAAGUCAGAUGGAAAAAUUGAUGUUUCUAUUGAAGCUGCUUCUGGUGGCAAAGCUGAAGUUAUCACUGGUGAUGUACUCCUGGUUUGCAUUGGCCGAUGGCACUUUACUAAGAAUUUGGGACUAGAGGAGCUUGGAAAUGAGCUGGAUCCUAGAGGUAGAAUUCCAGUAAAUACCAGAUUCCAAACUAAAAUUCCAAAUAUCUAUGCAAUCGGCAAAGUGGUUGCUGGUCCAAUGCUGGCUCACAAAGCAGAGGAUGAAGGCAUUAUCUGUGUUGAAGGAAUGGCUGGUGGCACUGUGCACAUUGACUACAAUUGUGUACCAUCGGUGAUUUACACACACCCUGAAGUUGCUUGGGUUGGCAAACCAGAAGAGCAGUUGAAAGCAGAGGGUAUUGAGUACACAGUUGGGAAAUUCCCAUUUGCUGCUAACAGCAGAGCUAAGACAAACACUGACACAGAUGGCAUGGUGAAGAUACUUGGGCAGAUUUCAACAGACAGAGUGGGAGCACAUAUUCUAGGACCAGGUGCUGGUGAAAUGAUAAAUGAAGCUGCUCUUGCCCUGGAAUGAGCAUCCUGUGAAGAUACAGCUAGAGUCUGUCAUGCACAUCCAACCUUAUCAGAAGCUUUUAGAGAAGCAAACCUGGCUGCAUCAUCUGGCAAAUCGAUCAACUUUUAAAUUAGAAGAUUAUAUUUUUCUGAAAUUUCCUGGGAGCUUUUAUAGAGGUUACAUUUCUGAACAGGAAAGGCUCACAGCUCCAAGAAUUUCUAGGACUGAAUUACAAAACUUUUGGAAGGUAUUUAAUAGGUUUGGAGAGAAUGGAAUGAUCUCAUAUCUAUAUUUUAAAUAAAUUUAAUAUUUUAUUUCACUGUGUUAAUACGCAGAAGAAAAGCUACUUAUAGUAGCAUCCUGGAAAAUUUUCUUCAACCCAUAUUUUCAUGCUGUUUAUGAAAGGCUCAACUUCCCUGAAUUUAUGCUAAGUAGCUUUUAUCUCUGAUACAGGAUUUACUUACAUGGGUGGAGCUGGAGUAUGGCAUGUGAACAGCUGUGUUUGAAACAAGGUGAUCAAGUUAUUUUAAACUUGGUUUUCACAUUGGAAACAGUCAUUAGAAUAAGUUAAACAUGUAUAAACUGAACUGAUGUAAAUAAAAAAUGAUGGUCUAUCAGUUAUUUUAAUCCUCAAAGUCUUGGUGGUUAGAGGUAGAAUUUGUGUUUAGAUUGUUAAGGUUCUAUUGAGGUCUACAGUCUGAAGUAUAGUUAUAUAGUUGACCAAAGUAAGGCAGUAUAUAUAUGAAAUUCAUAUAUUAAGUGGAGAAACAAUGUAUUACAGUGGGAAAUGAAUAUAUGGAA